AGUCCCGGCAUGCACCGGGGCCGCCGGCAGUAGAGCGCAGCGAAGUGGAAUUUUCCCUGUGAGCUACCCGCCCCUGCUCGUUCCAGCUGUAGCCGAGACCCUCCCUCCCCCCCAUCAUUGCCCCCCUCCCCAGCAGGUUCCAACCGCUGCCCUCCGACCGCUCACCCGCCCCCCUCGCGCCCUCGGUCCGCCACCCUCCUCAGCCCAGAGCGUCGCCCGGCUUCAGCCUGUCGGCCCCCGCUGCCCUCGUCGCGGUUGCCGUAGUCGUCGUGGUCGUCUCCGCUGCCGCCUGGGCCAUGGCUAACUACAUCCACGUUCCCCCCGGGUCCCCGGAGGUCCCGAAGCUGAACGUCACCGUGCAGGAGCAGGAGGAACAGCGCUGCCGGGAGGGGGCCCUAAGCCUCCUUCGACACCUGCGGCCGCACUGGGACCCCCAGGAGGUGACCCUGCAGCUUUUUACAGAUGGGAUCACAAAUAAACUUAUUGCCUGUUAUGUGGGCAACACAAUGGAGGAUGUGGUCCUGGUGAGAAUUUAUGGCAAUAAAACAGAAUUGUUAGUUGACCGAGAUGAAGAAGUGAAGAGUUUUCGAGUGCUGCAGGCUCAUGGCUGUGCACCACAACUCUACUGUACAUUCAAUAAUGGACUGUGCUACGAGUUCAUACAGGGAGAAGCACUGGAUCCAAAGCAUGUUUGUAAUCCAGCUAUAUUCAGGUUAAUUGCCCGUCACCUUGCCAAAAUUCAUGCUAUACAUGCACACAACGGCUGGAUCCCCAAAUCUAAUCUAUGGCUAAAGAUGGGGAAAUACUUCUCUCUUAUUCCCGCAGAAUUUGCUGAUGAAAAUAUUAAUAAAAGGUUCCUAAAAGAUGUGCCGAGUCCCCAUGUUCUUCAGGAGGAGAUGACAUGGAUGAAGGAGAUACUUUCAAACCUGGGCUCACCAGUUGUGCUUUGUCACAAUGACCUGUUGUGUAAGAAUAUAAUCUACAAUGAGAAACAAGGUGAUGUGCAAUUCAUAGAUUAUGAAUACUCUGGCUACAACUACCUGGCAUAUGAUAUUGGAAACCAUUUCAAUGAAUUUGCAGGUGUAAGUGAUGUAGACUAUAAUCUCUAUCCAGAUAGAGAACUACAAGGUCAGUGGCUGAGGUCUUACCUUGAAGCCUAUAAGGAAUAUAAAGGAUUUGGAACAGAUGUUACAGAAAAGGAAGUGGAGGUACUAUUUAUUCAGGUCAAUCAGUUUGCAUUGGCUUCUCAUUUCUUUUGGGGAUUGUGGGCUUUAAUUCAAGCCAAAUAUUCCACCAUUGAUUUUGAUUUCCUUGGGUAUGCAAUUGUUCGUUUUAAGCAGUAUUUCAAAAUGAAGCCUGAGGUCACUGCAUUAAAAUUACCCGAGUAAAGGAGGAUUUAGUUAACCUCAAGUGGCUGAGCAAUCCUUGUGAACCAUUUUUGAAAACAGAUACUGAACAGCUAAUAUUUGUAAAAUUCUGUAAUUUCAUUUGGUUAUCUUGCUUUAUAAAUGAUGCCUCUAAACAGCCAACUUAUCUUUAAAUAUUAAAUCUAAUUCAGAAACGUACCUAUUGUUAGUAUAGAUGGAUUAGAAAUUUGUUAAAUCUGCAAAAGUCUUUAGAGAUGGCAGUUUAAUCCUCUCUUUGAUCAUUUUUUCUGUUAUAUGUGAAUUAUUUAUUAUAGAUUUAACAUGACUCCAUUGCUGCUUUCAUCAAUUUCUGUAUGAGAAUUGAGUAUAGGCAAUGAAAUUGUUUGUCAUUUUUUUAAACUUCAAUUUUUCACAUUAGAUUAAUUGAGGUAAAUUUUUUUGGGGAGUGUUCAUUAUAAAUAAUCUUAUUGUACUGUAUGUAAAAAUGAGUCAUUUAUUCUUGAAAUGCCAGGAACAGGUAUAAUAAAUUUAGACCAUUGCUCUAAUUUUGGCUAGGAGGUAAAACCUUUCACGUCAUGGUAACAUUUUCUGAGUUGAAUACUGGAAUGAAUUUGCUCCUGGGAAUAAUUUUUUUUUUAAUUCUCCACUGGCAACACAGUGUGGGAAUAGAAAUUUCAGUGCCCCUUUUAAUCUUGGAAUAGAUUUACUGACUGAAUCUUAGCAAAAUCUUUAUGAUAGAAAAUGUUUUCUAAUCUAAAAUGUGAGUAUUUUUCACUAUUCCCAUUUUUAAAAAUUGCUACAUAAAAUUAUUUCUAAGUUAUGUGUGAUUCUAUGUAUUGAACAGCGUUACAAUCUUUUUAAAAGGUCUUCCAUUUGCUCCAAGUAAUUCCUCCUUCAUUCCCCGCCUACCCCCACAAAAAAGGAAGAAAAGGAAAGGGAACAUCUAAUCACUCAGCUUCAGUGCUCCUAACUUGGUUUCAUGUCUUUAGCACUUAGAUUCAGUUGUACUAGGGAAAAAAAUCAGAAAAUAUACAGACUUAUAACAAAUGGCUGUUGCUUAAUGAAUGUCUAUAAAGUUCAAAGUGAUGUAUGGAAGCUGUGAAGAAUUAAAUAUUGUAGAGAUAAGUUUGAGGAUUUGAUCAUUGUACACUUAAAUUGUUAUGCCAAGAAAUCUUUGAAUUCCAAAAUGUGAAUUAAGGAAAAAGGAAGAUAUGUAUUGGUUUUUUUUAAAGACAUUUAUUUUAAAAAAAUUGGAGGAUGGGGGCUGAUAACCUAGGGCAAGGGAAGAAGGGACUUCUAUAAGGUAGGAGUUAGUUUUUAAGCCUUGAAAUUGCUGUGUGAAAUUUAAUAGUCAACUUUGUAAACAAUUAUCCUGACAAGCUUUGCACUUCGGUCACAUAAGUGCCCAUAUAAAGUUGACAUAAUGUGCCUGCGUAUUCAGAAUGUGCAAGCACAAACUUAUCCUACAAAUAAAUAUUGCAGGGAAACUCACCCCCCCCCCCCCCCAAGAAUGUUAAUUUUCAGAGUAUUUACCUUCAGACAAGCACUUUUCAAGAUUCUUGAAAGCAAUUUGUAGAAAACUUUAAAGGUCAUUUAAAGUUGAAAAAUUCAUUAAGUAAAUAUCUUCUUAAAAGGAAUUUGUUUUCAUAACAGUAUUAGACCAAGAUUCACCUUUCUACCUCCCCUUCAUUAUUACAAUUAGUCACAUUUUGGUUUUAUUUUAAACCUCCAAAAUAAUAGAAUUAGUAGUUUCUGUUCAUUUGACUCAAAAUAAUAUCUAUGAAAGUGGAAAAAUAGUUUUCCUAUGCUAUUAGAAAUGUUUGAGUUUGUGAAAGUUCUUUUGGUGGAUUUUUCAUCUACAUAAGGAAUAUUUGAUAAAUACUAUGGAGAAAAUACAAAAUACUUUGAUUUUUUGCUUUCUGGCUAUGUAAGAAAUAACAAUUUGGAUCCUUCACUUCCUUGAGAAUGGAAGAAAACAACCCUUUCUCUUUUUCUCAGUGUCUUCUCAAGCUGAUAAUUGUAGAUUUGACUUAUUCUUACCUAGGCACUGCUGGGAAACUAGUAGAGCCUCAGCUGCCAGCUACUUCUCUGUUCUAGUCAUUUCUUAAAGAUGAAUAUUGGGAUAACGAGUUGAGGAGACAAUCACUUAUGCUGCAAGGAUAUGCCUAACUCACAUCUCAUUGUGUAUGUAGAUAAUGGGCACAGACUGGGCAUGUAUAGUCUUGCUAUAUCUUUGAGAAGGAGGAAUUUGGGGUGGGGGGUGGUAUUAUGAUGGUUUUACUCCACUGGUUUAUGGGAUCAUAGUACAGAUAGGGCUUACUCUGUUAGAAAAAUUAAAAUUUCCUUCGCAAUAACCAGUUAAGGAAUUACAAAAGAAAAAUCUCAGAGCCCUAGAAACAUUUAUAAAAGAUUUUCUUUGUGGCUUGCUAAGAUGCCAUUCUGUUGCCUUUUUUCUAUGCUAAGUUAAGGGGCUUGAAUGUCAUACAUAACUCAACUUGUAGUAAACCUGGUAUUGAAAUAGGAAGAGGGUUAUAUAAGUGACAUUCAUGUAUGCACAAUGUUAGUCAGUAGACCAUAGUGGCCUGGGUGCUUUAAAAAGCAACAUUGAGAAAAUUAUUUUCUUUUUUCUGUCACCACUUGUAAAAUCAGACCUGGUUAAUCGUGUUUAAUUUUUUUCGUAUCUUUUAUCACCAAUCUCUGGAAAUCUAAAAGGUGUGGCAAUAAGUCACAUACUUCUAGUAUGCUUAUUUGUUUACUUGGAACAUAAUAUUAAUUAACCAGGUCUGGCCAUGUAUAUAAAGCAAUGUAAAUAAAUGUGUAAAUUAGUGUGAAUUGUAUCUUACACUUAUGAGCUUGUGCAUUGCCUUGUAUUCUUUGCUUUUGUAGAAAUAUCUCUAUAAAUAAUCAAGCUCCGUAUCUCCUCACAUCCUUUUUGCUGCUGUUGUUUGUUAAUCUGGCAUACUUAAUGACCCUAUCUAUACAGUGGGAAGAUAAGAGAUAUGAAACUUGUGAAAAAUUAUAGUAUGCUGUUACAUUAAGGGCAGUACUUAUUUAUUUAACUCUUCAGUACCUAAUUUGUAGCCUUUAUUAACUUUUAUGAGUUAGCACUUAGCCUUUGUGAAGUAAAGAUUCCUGGAGACACUGAUUUAAUUCAGUACAGUCUUAGGCAAAUAGAACUGAAUUUUUUAGUUUUAAUUAUACAAUAUUUUAAGUUUAAAAUACUAAACAAAUGAUUGAAAGCUAAGAUAUUAUUAUCUUUCUCUAUUUUAGAGGAAUUGAGGUCUUUUAUACCAAAAGGAAUCUGAGUUUGAUAUUCAUAUCUCUUAAAAGAAAAUUUAAGUUCCUACAAACAUAGACCAUGCAUCUUAACUUCACAAGUACAUUUAUUCACUCUUAAGAUGGUAGAAGAGAAUAAGAUGUUAGUCCAACUAAAUAAAUCAUUUAAAGUAUUACCUGACUUAAAGACAAAUUACUCUUUCUGGAGUGUCAGGUAAAACAGAAACCAUUCCAUUUAAAUUUUUACAUGGUUUUAUCCCUUUGGUUUAUUCUCAUUCUUUCUGUAACUUUUUUGUAGAUCCUAACUUGUACGAAAUAUAAUUUGGUAGUCUUAAUUUCUAUUUACACACUGCCUUUGAUAGGAUUGUAAAUCUAUAUGGCUUUAGGACACAGAGUUAAACUAUUAAAUAUUUCCCAAGCUUUCAUUUGGUGGAAAAACUAAUUGAUUCAAGUUUUUUGAAAAUGUCUGGAGAAGGGUGAUGGUGGCAUUAACUGUGAUUACUUUAAACUAAAAGGAAAUCCUAAUAAUUUUUCCUCAAGGAACCAAAAAUUAUAAGCAAACAAUUAUUAAAGUAGUCACAUCUUCUUUUGAAAGUUGCUUUGUGGGAAUUAUGUACUGUAUUUCCUAUUUGAUUUCCAUUUUCUCUUAUGAUUACAAGCUAUUGUAAUGUCAUUUGACUAUGUGGAAGCCUGUGCCACAUUUUAAAGCAAUUGGCAAAUUAUUAAGAAAUAAGAAUUAGAACACAGUAGUGUUUGGCCAACGAUUUCAUAGUAAAUGUGAUUAGUCAUUUUUAAAAAAAUUACUUCCCACAAGAUUGGAAUAUGUACAAAUGUGUAUAUAUGUGUGUUGCAUAUGUCAUGUAAACUUGUGUGUGGAGACAACUACAAUAUUUACUUUCCACAAACAUGAGAUUUUCCCAAUAUUUUAAGCUCAAAGGCUCAAUUUGUUGCUGUCAAAGAAAAUACUUUGAUUUAUAUCACCUCUUGGCUUGCGAAUAGAGUUGGGGUGGCAGAGUUCUUAUGAAAGUAUUUUAUUCCAUCAUGCUUAAUUGACACAUAAUCUGGUGACAUUUUAAAAAAAUAUUUUUUCUACCAAAUACUUGAAAGUGAAACCAAUAACAUGUAUUAAGCAAAUAAAGGGCAAAACAACCCUGAUGUUUCUACUAUUUAAGAACAUUUUAUUUUCAUUGAUCUUUUUAAAGGGUAACUAAAUAUUACUUGAGUCUUUAGUAUUCUCUGAAAGAAAAAUGAUGAAAUUGCGGGUAGAAAAUGAUCUUAUGUAAACUUAACAUGUUUGUUAGUCUGGUCUACUUUCAUCUUUUUCCCCAUAUUAAAAAUAUAUGAUAGGCUGUGGAUUAGAUUAUGAAACAACAUGUAUUCUCUCUACUCUUUAACCUUGUAGUUCUGUUUCUGAAAAUUUUUGUUUAGCCAAAAACUUUUUUUUUCAAUUAUCCAUGAACUUGCACUAUUUUCUUUGUUUAAAAUGUAACAUUUUGUAGUGGUGAUAGGUUCUAUUUCACAAUAUUGAAUAAUACCAGUAGUGGGAAGUAGGAGAUAUCCCAUAUUGUAAUUACUUUACUUAUUUUUCACAUUGAACUCUUUACUGGCCAUUGGUUGUGAUAACUAUCUUGGAGGAUUGGGAGGUUAGCGGGGAUUAGGAGAUUUUCCAUGAUAGUGAACCUCACUUGUAUAUGUCAUGAACUCACCUCUGUGGCCUGGAAAAGACCUUGGAAUGGAAACACAAAAUGCUUAAAAUCACUUUGCACCAACCUGUUGUAUGCUGCCAUACAUAGUUAAUAUGGUGCUACACAGGAAAUUGUAUUCUCUGGUCAUCUGAAGUAGUUUUUCUAAAUGAGUUGUUUCAUAGAGUUUUGCAACUCCAGCAAAAUUAAAUCAACAAAGCCUAAGUAAAAACUUUUUUUUUAACUGUGCUGAAUUUCAAAAGCCUUUGUACAUCAAAGUCACUUUCCAUAACAUCUUAAGUAUUUUUUAGAUUUAAAAUACACAUUUUUGGAAGAAGAUAUUGCUUCAAGAGCUUAAAUGACAACUUCCUUAGAAUCAGAUGGAAAAACAAAAUUUGAGUGAUUCAAGGUCAUUGUAUUAGUUGUGUUAGUUAGAUUUGGAAAUUGUGGCAUAAGGCUUAAAUUUGUAUUUAUCAAAUGUGAACUGUAGUAGUGUGAUGCUGCUUUGUAUAUACUGUAAGUGCUACACAUAGUCUCAGCACUGAAAAUGUAUUGAUACCUCUCAAAAGAGUUCAACUUGAAGUGUAGGUGUUUUGAUAUGCUUCAGAAAUGUGCGUGUCUGAGAAUCUGUUAAUCUGUUUGGAAUUGAAGAUACUUCCUGUUUUGUCUCAUUUAAUUUAAAAUUUAAUUUUUAUCCUUUUACUACUGUUAAUUUGUCAGUGUGUUCUGUGGAUACAUUGGGGUUGCUGGUGAAGACAGCUAAGAUGUUAACCUCAUUUAUGUUUUGGCUCUGUUCAUAAGCUAUUAUUGGAGUUGAUUGUAUUUCUUUUUAAAAAGUAAGUGAUGUUUAAGCUUUGUUUUUGUUGUAUAAAUCGUUUUACCAUUGAUUAAAUGAAGGAAUGUAUCUUUUUGAAGAGAUUUAUAUUCUGUAAAUAAAAACUGGUUGUAACAAUAAAACUAGGUUCUAACAUGUA